GAGAGCGAGAGAGAGGUGGUGUUUAACUUAGAGGAAGUGAUGGUGUGAUAAUCAGAUGAGUACCUGUCUUUACAGUGUAUAUGAGCAGAACAUUGAGGGAGGAACUCACAAAAUAGAAAAGGCAGUACGGCGAUAAACAAAUUCAGAGAUGUCUCAGUGUUCUGUCAUUCAAGAGUAUAGCCCUCCAGUUUCUGCCACAUUCACAACCUUCGGUCAGACUCCCACCCAUGCUUCUACAACCGUGGCCUUGAACCCUGACCCAUCGACCCCGGCACCCUUUACCAAUGAUAUGACUCAGAUGGACGGGAUUCCAUACAGCCAGUCGAUGGGGGCUCAGGGAUUGGUCAGGACGGGCAGUAACAGAAUGACAGAGCAGAUGAUGGGAUUGUCAUACCUGUCCUACGCACCUUGUCACAACACACCUUCCACAGAGAAUGUCGGCCAACAGAGUCACAUACUGCAACAGGAUUUUUCUCCCUUCCUCCUCCCCCUUCCUCCCGGCCCCCUGCGAAGCCCCCUGCAGAAGAGGGGCCUGACCAAGGACACCAUGGAGUAUCGACUGCGGCGGGAGAGGAACAAUAUUGCAGUGAGGAAGAGCCGAGACAAGGCCAGGCGGCGCAUACAGCUCACCCACCAAAGGGCUCUGCAGCUGCAUGAGGAGAACCACCGGCUGCAGAUUCUCAUAGGGCAACUCACACAUGAAUUGGACACUCUCAAACACAUCUUGUCACAGCGUCACCUACAGCCCAGGGGUGAGAAUGCAGCCAGGGAAGAGGGCUGUUGAGUGUGUUGGGAAUGUUGUAGAGAAUGACAGCAACUAUGUGUGGUUCUGUAUGAAAAUAUGCUGUUUUGUUACAUUGGUGGAAAUUGUACAUUGUUAUAAAACAGUCACGUAAGUGCUUUCAUCUGGGAGUAUCCCAAAUGUUGAUAUAAUGCAGGGUUAGUGCCUAAGUCAACAAAGGCUGUGAGUCAAAGAACACAAAGUUCCAAGUACUUUAAAAGCCUUUUGUCUUUGGUUAGAUGACACAGAUUUCAGCACACUUUCUACCUCCUCUACCUUUUCUCUGAAAUUACAUGGCAAGAAUGAUUACCCAAUCUGAUUACCCAAUAACUUUUAUGGUUUCAAAAAGAUUCAUUGAAUUAAGCACCACUAAGAAUAAGACAGUUGUCAAGAAAUGUUAGAUAUCAGGCAAAAGUUAUGUCAUUGUGCAAUUCAAACAUUUUUUUAAUAAAAAAUAUUUUAUA